UAAAACCCUAAUCUCACCCUACCUUUUAUAUCUCCCAAUUCCCAAACCCUUUUUUCUUCCCUUCUUAAACCCCAGCUUCCCUCUCAAUUCUCUCUCCUCAAUCCUCCUUUUUACCUUUCAUCCAAUAAAAAUGGAAGCUCAGAAAGUGAAAUCUGACUUAGUCUUAAUCCUAGACUUUGGUUCUCAAUACACCCACUUAAUCACCCGAAGAAUCAGGUCACUUUCCGUCUUCUCUCUCUGCAUUUCCGGCACUUCUUCACUUAAAUCCAUCACAGACUUAAACCCACGUGUAAUCAUCCUUUCUGGUGGCCCCCACAGUGUUCACGCGCCUGACGCGCCGGUAUUCUGUGAUGGGUUCGUCGAUUAUGUAGAAAAGCACGGUGUUUAUGUUCUCGGCAUCUGCUAUGGAUUACAGCUAAUUGUGCAGAAGCUUGGAGGUUUAGUUAAAGUUGGGGAUAAACAAGAAUAUGGAAAGAUGAAUAUUGAAGUGAUUUCUGAGAGUUGUGGGUUGUUUGGGAAUAGAAUUAAAGGGGAUACACAAGAUGUUUGGAUGAGUCAUGGUGAUGAGGUUUCGAAACUUCCUCAUGGGUUUAAGAUUGUUGCAGUAAGUCAACAAGGUGCUGUUGCUGCUAUUGAGAAUCCUACCAGAAAGUUUUAUGGGCUUCAGUAUCAUCCUGAGGUUACACAUUCGCCUCAAGGGAUGGAGACAUUGCAGUAUUUCCUCUUUGAUGUUUGUGGGGUCAAUGCAGAUUGGAAGAUGGAGGAUUUAUUGAAUGAAGAAAUUAAAACUAUCAAGGAAACGGUAAGCCCUGAUGAUCAUGUCAUUUGUGCUUUGUCUGGUGGUGUCGAUUCCACUGUUGCUGCGACUCUUGUGCAUAAGGCGAUUGGGGACAGACUUCAUUGUGUUUUUGUUGACAACGGCUUACUAAGAUAUAAGGAAAGAGAGCGUGUGAUGGAUACCUUUGAGAAAGAUCUCCACCUCCCUGUUACAUGUGUUGAUGCAUCAGAGCAAUUUCUCAGCAAAUUGAAGGGUGUUGUGGAGCCUGAGACAAAAAGGAAGAUAAUUGGGAAAGAAUUCAUUUGUAUUUUUGAUGAAUUUGCACAAGAACUGGAGAAAAAAUUUGGGAAGAGACCUCUAUAUUUGGUUCAAGGAACUUUAUAUCCAGACGUUAUUGAAUCCUGCCCACCUCCUGGAAGCGGACGAAACCACUCCCACACCAUAAAGAGUCAUCAUAACGUUGGUGGACUUCCAAAGGACAUGAAGCUUAAGCUAAUUGAACCUCUAAAACUUUUAUUUAAGGAUGAGGUGCGUGCACUGGGGAAGAUCUUGAAUAUUCCCGAGGGCUUUUUGAAGCGUCAUCCGUUUCCAGGACCGGGGCUUGCUGUGCGUGUUCUUGGUGAUGUCACGGAAGGAAAUCGUUUGGAAAUUCUUCGGCAGGUUGAUGAGAUAUUUGUUCAAUCAAUCAAAGAUGCUGGACUCUAUGACGAAAUUUGGCAAGCGUUUGCUGUUUUCUUGGGUAUUUUGUCGGUAGGAGUUCAAGGUGAUCAAAGAACUCAUUCUCAUGUCGUAAGCCUAAGAGCUGUUACAAGUCGAGAUGGGAUGACAGCAGAUUGGUAUCGUUUUGAUUCGGAGUUCCUUGAUCAGGUGUCUCGUAAAAUUACCAACAAUGUCCGAGGUGUGAACCGUGUAACUCUGGAUAUAACAUCAAAGCCUCCUUCAACAAUAGAGUGGGAAUGAGUCCAUAAGAUGAUAAUUUUGGAUGACUUGGUCAUAAUUUUUUUCUCUUUUAGCAAACUUAUCAUUUAUCCUAUUGUUAACCACCCUUUCUAUGAACAACAAAGGUGAUAAAUUGAGAAUUUUCCUUAUAUAGUUGAAGAUUCUUUGCAAUGUGUGAUUUUUCAUUUUAUAAACUUUUUAUCUUUUA